AUGGGUCAUGUGUGGACAUGGGUGGAAUCCAAAGUUGAUGAUUUCUUCACGGAGUCUGAAAAGAGCAGCUGCUGCCAGUCUCUUCUUGGCUCUACAGACUCUAGCAUUGAUCUGGAUUUUAGCUGCUGGAGAAAGACUGAAGAAACUGCUGAGGAGCUAGAGGAAAGCAGCAGCCCAGAGGAAGAUAGCCAGAUGGAAAGUAGUGAUCCCCUGGCAUGGCACAGUACCAGUGAGGAGGACCAAGAAGAAGCAGGGAAGUUCAAACAGGAUGUUCUCUUGAGGUUCCUAACAGAGGUGACACACCUGAUGGAACCACUCUGCAUUAGCAACACAUUGCUGUCCCAAAGUCCUCAAGACAUUUGUAGUACUGGGGAGCAGAAAGGGAAUGGAGUCCUGGCUCACAUAGAUGCAAGGGGAUCUCCAAUUCUGAAAGAGGAAGAGCUCAAGGAAGAAUGUCCACUACAGGUCUUAAAAGAGCAGACAGGGGAGAAAUCUCCCCAAGGAAAGGAAAAAUGGGCCCUGCAGAUGUUGGAAGAGGAACCACUCAUGAGGUGGGGAACAAAGAAAACUGAAGAAUUUCAGGAUCUGUGUGAAGAAGCAGGAGAGACUCAGGACAGCAAGUUUAAGGUCCUUGAAAGGAAUUCAGAAAAGGAGUUACAUGUAUUAGUGGAGAGUACAGGAGAAACGGGUCAAGAUGAAGUGAAUUCAACAGAGCUUAUGAAUCAGGCUUCCUUCAAUUGGAGAACAUUGAAGGAAGAGGUUCCACAAACCCUCGAAGAGAUGGAUGUGGGAAACUCUGAAGAGCAACUUGAGGACUGGAAUGAUAGUGACUUCCAUCUGAGCUACAGCAAUGAUGACUUCAGUCCCUGUGAAAUUUCCACAACAAGUUCUCCUUCUACAAGUACUGUCUCCUUGCCUUUGGUACACAUGAGCCAAGAUGAUCCCCUCGCACAGCGUUUGCUUUUCAAAAAGACCCUGCUGUCCAUUUGGAAGAUGGUAGCUGGUCACAGAUAUAGUGGUCCGUUCCUGAAACCAGUGUCAGAGAAGCAAGCUCCUGGAUACAAAGAUGUCGUGAAAAGGCCAGUGGAUCUUUCCAGCAUAAAAAAAAGCCUCUCCAAGGGCCUGAUUCAAAACAUGGUCCAGUUUCAGCAUGACCUCAUGCUGAUGUUCCAGAAUGCAGUCAUGUACAACAGUUCCAACCACCACAUACAUCGCAUUGCUGUGGAGAUGCAACAGGAAGUCCUGGAGCAGCUCCAGAUGCUGGGAGAGGCACUGCUGUGCUCAGAAGAGAUGCGAGCCUUUGUGAGAAGGUGCUGAAGAAUCAGACGUAUAUCGCUACUUCAUAAUUAAGAAAUGCAAGUUCAACUUUGCUACCCUGAAUCUUUCUUUAGGGAAAAGUUGUUUGUUGAUGAGAGAUUUACCUGUUUCACUCUCUCACACACUCACCCCCAGCUUCUUCCAAAUCAAAAGGACUGGCUAUAGCAGAUACCAAGGGUGGUCUGCAAGCUGAAUGCCUAAAGGUCUCUCCAAUGUGAGCAGGUAGCAAUGUAUGAGUUAGAUCCUGCAAUCCAUCAGUAGAAAGCACACACAGACAUGGACCUGCCCAGAUCUUUCCUUUCUCCAGCAGCCAUUUCCAACAUGGGGAGUGAUAGCCAAAUGGGGAAGCUGCAUGGGGAGGCUGAAAUGGGGGAGCUGCCAUGGGGAGGCUGAAAGAAAUGGUUCCUUCCUGUUUUUUUGUGUGAGCAGAACUCCACUGAUGGUCAAAAUGGCUGCUGAGGGGACAAAAGAGCCAGGAAGAGUGGGAAUCUCCAUAUGGACUUGGCUAGGUCCUUGCACUGAAUCCAAUUCUAUAUUUUUACAGAAUAAGUCUUGUCUGUAUCUGUUUCCAGAUGUUUCUGUUCAUGCUGUUUUAGCCCUGUUGGCUUCCUUUUAAGAAAAUAUUAAAACUGAAUA